UGUAGAGCAGCUGAACACCUUUUGCUCACAAGUACACACACGGAUCCUCGUCUUCAUCUUAACCUGUGUAAAUGAUAUGUUCAUUCAAAAACAGAUGUCCCACUUCAGUAACUUGAAGCUGCAGUAGAUUUUUAACACCCCCUUUGCACGUCUCUAAGACUGUGUUAGUUGACAAUUACCUGGAGAAGUCAUCUUGUGUUGCUACAUCUCCAGAAGAGGAAGCAGAUGUUAAUGAAUGCCUUUUGUAUAAACACACUUAUUUCUCAGGUUUCAGUGCCUGUUCAACAUCUCCACCGUGCAGCGCAUGUUGGCAAAUCAGUUACACAGCUCAGCUUGGGAUUGGGAUCUCUGGAAUAUGAACCACUGUGUAGACAUAUACAGUCACAGGAAAAUGUGUCACAAGUCAUUUGAAUAAGACAGAGAACAUGGAUAUGCAUCAUACUUAUGUAUGUAAAGACAUUCAAUCACAAAGUAAUCAAUUAAGAACCUGGGAAAUUACAUUUAUUUAAGAAUAACUGAUUAUAGAGAACAAAAAAAGGUCAAAUCAAACACAAAAGGUUUUGUGUCAUCAUCAUGUAAAUGUAUACAACAUAUGACUCAAAUAUAAUUUUAAAGAUGCCUACAUGUAGUUUUAAAAAUACGACUGUAAUGUGAUUUCUUUAGUUUGCCUUGCUUCAACCUUCAGCCGGAAGCCCAUGUUUGGCCAUAACCAGUAGAGCUUUACUCCUGCAAUCAUUAAAGGGAUUAGGCAAUAAGUCCUUUCUUUUAUUCAUCCCACUGAGGACCAAGUAAGACAACGCUUAUAAGAUACACAUUUUGGUAUUAGUUGGUAUUUGGUAUAAAUAUUCCAAAUAUCUAAAUCAUGCGGUAGCAUUGGGAUGCACAGCAUCUGCCAUUUUAAGUCUUAAAUGGGGUCAAGCUAAACAUUGUCGUGUCAUUUUUCACAUGUUGAGUGGCCUUUCUGAACUUUAGACGGAACCACCCACACACAUGUUGGCAAUAAAAAAAAUCAAGAAAAAAAAGGAAGUAUUAUAUUAUUAAAAAUAUUAUACAAAUAUUAUUCAAUGCCGUUCCAACAUCAGUCUACAAUAUAUCACAAAAUACUAUCUAUAAAGACAGGAUCACUAUGACAAUCCAAGCACCUGAUUGUUUACCAAACUGUCGCUGAAGCUGAUGAGAAUUCCUUUUAUGUUUUUUGGGAGUAUUUACAAGUAUUUGAUAAAUUUAAAUUUUGACGUGAUUAUGGCAGUAGAUUAAAAGUCUGACAAUUAGUAACGUAAUUCAGGUGUAUCCUCAGGAUACCCUACACCAGUAAAUACAAUUCCUAAUUAAAUGACUCAUUCACAGAUGUUCACGUUGUGUAAUAUUUAGCAUCCAAGCUCGUUUUGCAAUCACCGCAAGGUUGUCAAAGAAAUAACCACUUGUGUGUCAUUGCUUUCUUGAUGAUACAUUUUCCAUUCAUAGGGUUGGAAGUGCCCUGAAAUAUAAAUGCACAUUUUCUGCUGGUGAUUUAACACAUAUUCUUCACCAUUGCCAAUCAUUGACAUCAUUCAAAUAGUCAGAUUAUUGUUGGAAGAAUCUCCACUUCACCCAUUAACUGAAAAGGACAUCCUUUUCAGUUAAACAAUCCAAGGAGGAGGGCGCUUAAAGCUUUAAAAGAGAUCCAGAAACUCAUUUCACUACUAAAAACAUCCACACAACGCCACACAUUGAGAGGUGUAAUACCAAUCCCUGACAGUUGUUUCACUGAGUGACAUCUACAUUUGGCAAAGAUGGGUUUGGAUGAGCGUAUCGUUACCCUAUUCAAGAGAAAUGCCCAUCACACGCUGACCUAUUGGAGCGUUUUCUUCAGCUUAGGACUCUGCAUUGCUUUCCUUGGACCAACAAUUUUGGACUUGCAAUGCCAAACAAACUCCACACUUGGUCAGAUUACCUGGGUAUUCUUUUCCCAGCAGUUCUGCUUGUUGAUUGGCAGCUCUAUUGGUGGCGUUUUCAAGAAGACGUUUUUCAGUGCUCUUGCUGCCUUAUUUGUCUCUACUCUCACCAUCUCUGUAAUAUUUGCCAUCAUCCCUCUGUGCAAUAAUGUUCUCGUGCUGGCCAUCGCCAUGGCCGUGUCUGGUUUUGCGAUGGGCAUUAUUGACACCAUUGCUAACAUCCAACUGGUGACCAUCUAUCAGAGGGAUUCAGCUGUUUUCCUACAGGCUCUUCAUUUCUUCAUUGGGCUCGGAGCCCUGGUGAGCCCACUGAUUGCAGACCCUUUCCUCUCCGAGACGGGCUGUGGGAAUCACACAGGGAAUGGGACUGAGAUCUUGCAUCAUUUCAGGAAUAUGCUGAGAAACAGUCCGAUUGCAGAGCACGACAUAAACCAAACCUACCUGCCGUACGAGGGUGGGAAAGAGGAGUCCAAUGUGCACUCUGCUUUCUGGAUCAUGGCUGUUAUCAAUCUCCCCGUGCCCAUCGCUGUCCUGUUCCUGAUGUAUCGUGAGCAAUUGAUCCCAUGUUUCCCCAACGGCACGCCUCGUCUCCUGGACAAAGAUGAAUUAGCUAUGGAGGACCAGCAGGGGGCCGGGGCCUCCGAAGUGGAGCUGAAAGAACACGAGGCUGGAGGUCAUGGGAAUAUCUUUAGCUGCUGUCAGAAUGAUAACCUGCGCGGGGUUCCCGUCUCCUUCUUUAUGAUUCAUAUCCUCGGUGGGUUGGUGCUUUUCAUGACCGAUGGCAUUGUGGGUACAUAUGCUGGCUUCGUUUACACUUAUGGUGUUGCACAACCUAUUUCAUUGCCAAAUAAAACAGCUGGUUACCUGGCCAGUAUAUUUUGGGCAGCGAUCACCGCCGGCCGUCUUUUGUCCAUUCCACUUUCGUACCGUUUCCAGCCUGUAAGACUGCUCAUGUUCAACCUGGCAGGUGCUAUUGUAACAGUCUUGCUGCUGCUUAUUUUCUACACCAGCAGCACCUUUCUUUUUGUCGGGACAUGUUUAUGCGAGCUUUUUCUCAGCAGCAUAUUCCCAUGUAUGCUCGCAUAUACGGAGGACAUCCUUGAUUAUCAGGGGUGUGCAACGCCAGUGCUGGUGACAUGUGCAGGGAUGGGAGAGAUGGUAAUGCAGGUUCUGGUUGGCUUGAUUAUUCCUACCUUAGGCAGCUACAGCUUCCUGCUGUGCGGAAUGAUAAUCGCCUGCCUUGGUUUCAUCCUCUUCAUUGGGCUCCUGCUGUUCCAUCGAAUGCACAGAAAUUACCUCACAGGAACGACAAAAAAGUUGGCCAUGGUGGAGGAACCAGCAACAGAGCAGAAUGGAUCGGCCGUAACAGAGCAGAGAAAUGAAGCAGAGAGCAGCUGAGACGGGACGCAACGCUGUUUUGUCCUUUAGUGACUUCUGUAGAGAUGAAGUAUUACAACAAUGUCUUUUACCUUACCUUUCAAUCCCUUUUUUCUGUUUUUAUUCUAGUCGUUUUGUUUUCAUGUUAUUUUAUGUGUUUUUGCAUAUGUGCAUGGAUUCCUAUAUAAAAUGUGUAUUAAACAAUAAUGUUGAUGAAGCGAACAUAGUGUGGGUUUGAUC